UUAGUUUGCGAAACUCUAUGAAGCGAAUGUCAAUGCCCAAUCCCAAUACUAAUUUUAUUGUGUAAAGUGGAUUGUGAAAUGUUAAUCGUGAAACUUAGUUGGUAGUAAUAUCAUUUUGUAUUUCAAACCAUCACUACAGUUGGUUUCGGAUAAUAGUUUACAUGUUAAAGGGAUAAACUACGCAAAAAUGUCCGCAGCAUCUGCCGCGAAGUCGGAUUCGUUCGACGAAUUUUACACUGAGGUCAAAGAAAUAGAAAAACGGGACUCUGUGUUGACACCUAAACAGCAACUUGAUAGAUUGUUACGACCAGGGUCCACGUAUUUUAAUCUUAAUCCGUUCGAGGUACUACAAGUAGAGCCUGAUGCCUCUCUUGAUGAGAUCAAGAAGAAAUACCGAAGGUUAUCCAUAUUAGUACAUCCGGACAAAAAUAUGGAUGAUUCUGAACGAGCUCAACAGGCUUUUGAAAUUGUAAACAGGGCUUGGAAGACACUUGAGAAUGAUGAUACUAGGAAAAAGUGUUUGGACAUUUGUGAAGAGGCUAAAGAAAGGACUGAUCAUAUGAUUGAACAAAAAAGGAAAAAGAUGAAAAAGGACAAUAAGUUAGCAGAAGGUAUACCAGAAGAUGAUCCUGUAAAAUACAAACAUGCAAUUUAUGUUAUGACCAUGAAGUUAUUUGCUGACAUGGAAAGAAAGCGUCAACAUCUCGAAGUACGUGAUAUGGAGGAAAGGAAGCGGAAACGAGAAGCUGAGAUUGAGCAAGAAGAACAGAAGUCAUUAGAAAAAGAAUGGGCAAAGAAUUUUGAGGAAUCUCGACAAAACCGAGUAGACAGCUGGAAGACAUUCCAAUCUGGCGGUGGCAAGGAGAAAAAGAAGAAGAAAAUCCAAGGGUUUAAGCCUCCUAAACCUAAACCAGAAAGUAGAUAACUCUCAUUUAUAAUUAAACAUUAAUAUAGUUCCAUUUAGCGCUUUAUUUCGAAUCUAUGACUAUGAUAGUUGACUAGAUUUUAAAGAGCCAUUAACAAUAUCAAUAUUCUAAAGCAUUAUCAGUCAGCUAGAAGUCUUGAGACUUGUCUGUACGUCAGUUUUGUUCAAAUUCGAAUAAUAUUGAGAACUCGGCUGUGACAAAUAUUAAGCAAUGAAAUAGUGUACCUAAUAACGAGUAGUCUAAUAUUAUUGUCAAUAAAUCUAUUUGUUUCCAGUUUACAGUUAUUGAAACUGUUAUGAAAUGUAGAUGGGCUAGCUACUGACAGAUAGAUGAUUAAAUUACAACGCUCGAUGAAUUAGACGGUCUUCUAGAUUUCAAACUAAAGUUCUUGACUAUUCUGAUGUAAAAAUAUAUAGUAACUAAAUCGAUUUUGUAAUUAUUUUAGUGUCUAAAAUAGUUCUUAUGCAUAUUCAGUGUUUAAAACCUUCGGUAAAUCUUCCUCCUCGUUCAUACGUCCAUUAUUAUUACUAUCUUUCGAAUAAAAGUGAAUAAAGCUAUAGAAAGGUAUUUAAACAAUGAAUUGUGCAAGAUCUGUUCUCUCACAAUUCAUUAUAGUUUUUGUAUAGUAUAAGAGAAUGUUGUGACAGUCACAAGUGCUCAAAAUAGAUGGCGCUGGUGAUGUUUAAGGCCAUAUAAAUAUUGAACUGCUAUUUCAAAGUAAAUACUGAGGGCCAGUGUUUAUUUUGUGAAAUUAUAUUGGUAGUGGGUUAUGUUGUGCUUUCGUCCAUGUUUGUUCAGUGUAAAUAUCUUAAGGAUGUCCUAAAAUGAUCUUUAAACGACAUUGCGCCAUUAACGGAGGAUAUAAGCAGGCAUGCCGUUGUGAAAUAGUUUACUACUUAUGUGGUAAAGUAGCCUAAAGGUUGAUAUGCCGCAGGCAACUAGUUUAAUAAGCCAUUCAAUCAACGGCACAGCCUGCCUAAUGAAUGAUAUCGUAGAACACGUUUAGUAGCUGUUUAAUUGUGGUGGUAAAUUAAGUUCACAUUUCUAAUAUAACCUGACCUACCUUUCUGGUAGCAACUCAGUUCUUCACCUACUAAAUAAUUACCUGAAUGAAAAACACACAAAAGGCUAGUAAUUCAGGCCGUUGGUCGAAUGGCUAUUUAAGAUGGCUGGCUGCGACAGAAACACUACUCAUCCGCUUUGUUAUUUUUUGGCUACCAGGUGGCGCUAAUGUAUUGUUAGGUUUCGUAGGCCCAAUCACUACAUCUGUCCUUAAUAAAAUUUCCAAUUGCUUGACUCUAGCAACAUUCUGUAUUGGGCAACAGAUCUAAGUUCCAAUAGCACCACAAAAGGCCAAUUUAUACACGAUAGACCUUAUAGGCCAUCACCAACCUAUAAGUAAGCUUUAGCUUGUCUCAAGUUUUUAGCGGGACCCAUAGUUCACUCUGAAGCUUUGCCUUUUGAACAUAGACUUCUAAAAGAGCAAACAGUUUUUAAACGACUAAAAAAAAGGAGUGUUGUUGUAUACUUGUUGGACAGUAUAAAUAAGUAAUGAAAUGCAUACUCAAUGCAAUUACGAAACGCUUUAUCCACAGAUUAUGUGGCAGCGUUUAACGCAUUGUAACGUUUAGCAGUAAUUAUGGAUUCUUCUAUCUCUAUAGAAAUAAAGGAAGA